AUGUUCAGUCUCGCGUCACGUGUCCAGGCGCUCUCCAAUACCACGCUCACAGCGGUGUCUUUGAUCAGUGCCAUUGUGGCCAUCAUAUCUGUAGCUCAGCUUUAUUUUGCAGGUGCCUGGUCUUUAGAUGGCACGAAUAUCAGCCAUGUGAAAGCACUUGCGCUGUUGAAGAACCUGCGUAGUUUCGGCGCCGAGCCCGGUUCUGCCAAGGAAAACGCCAAGAUCAAAUUCGACUUGGAUGCCGACUUGUCGCCGCUUUUCAACUGGAACACGAAGCAGGUUUUUGUGUAUUUGACUGCCGAGUACGACGGCGCCAACUCCGGUGAAAACAAGGUCACGUUUUGGGACAAGAUCAUUACGAACAAGGAGGACGCAAACCUUUCCUUGAAAAGCGUGUCAUCUAAGUAUUCUGUUUGGGAUGUAGAGCCAUCUUUCCGCGAGAGAUCUGCCCGCUUGAAGUUGGAAUGGAACGUCCAGCCAUGGGUCGGCCCGUUGCUUUACGGGCAGACAGAAGCGGAGCAGUCUUUCCAGUUUGCCGCCGCGAAAAAACCAAAGAAGACGGCACGUUGA